UUAGCACUUCGUUAUUCUUUUUGUCAAUAUUGCACAGGUUUUGAUGUUAAAGCAGACUUUUUGCACGUUUUCGGUUUGUGCCAUUCUCGUUGUAGAUUUUGCGAUUCUUAAUCGAUAACAAGGAAGCAUUUCAAGGCUUGUAUCCGUUCAAAAACUGGAUCGUUAUACAGAUUAAUUACGUGUAACUGUUACAACGCACCAAGUGGUCUGAUUUUGCGCAAAUAUAAUAUAUAUUUCUAAAUAUAUUUUUUCAUCACAUAAAUCGUAGAAGGUGUGAAGAAAGAAGUGUGAUCUUAUAAAUAAACGGUGCAGUGGAAUAAAAUUUAAAAGUGGAAAGCACAAAAAGUGGUACCAAGUCAAAUAAAAAGCACCAUCCGUUUUACAACAUUAUCGUUCAGCCUAUGGUCUCGUCGUUAAUUUUGUAGAGCUGAUAAUCGGUGGUUCAUUCUUGAUAGCACGUAGUACAUUUCUGUUGACAAGUGGGCGACUUUGAGGAAAAUCAAUCAUGCAUUCAAUGAUGAUAAAGGCAUCCAAAUCGGAAUCCGAAAUGCGUGACAUUGCGGCCAGAAUCUGCCGGGACUAUCUGACGGGUGCUUGGAAAACCAUCCCGGCGGAGGAUCUUCAGCUCAAGCGGAUCAGCGGGGGACUAUCCAACUUUCUUUAUUACGUCAGGCUUCCGGAUCAGCAGAACGGCAGCUCCCCGAAACCCUCCAGCAACUGCUACAAACGACCUCGCAAGGAUAGUUAUUCCAACUUGCUGGAACCGAAAGAGGUAAUGCUGCGCAUUUAUGGACAAACACACGGUGAAAGCGCCCUUGAAUCAAUGCUCACUGAAUCGGUUGUAUUCACACUUUUAAGCGAGCGUAAACUGGGACCAAAACUGCACGGUAUCUUCCCCGGCGGAAGAAUCGAACAAUAUAUACCGGCACGUGCGCUGAUGACUUCGGAAUUAAGUGACCCAAAAAUUUCGCUGAAAAUAGCCGAAAAGAUGGCAGCCAUACAUAGCUUGGAUAUUCCCGUAUCGAAGGAACCGGACUGGUUGUGGAACACUAUGAAUCGCUGGCUGAAGAGUGUCGAGGCGACGCUGAAGACUUUCGAGAAGGAUCGAACCAACGGUAACAAGCGUAUCGCUGGUGAUGAAAUCAUCACCAGUUUAAAUCUGCGAGCGGAGGUCGAGUGGCUUAAGUCAGUUAUCGAUAAAGAAGAUCAUCCAGUUGUUUUCUCACACAAUGAUUUGCAGGAAGGUAACAUCCUGUUGCGGGAAGAUUUUUCACCUUCAAACGGUUUGGAAAAUUACGGCACCCUGGACCAAUUUGACGAAUCCGCGCAGUUAGACUCUCACUUUAGCUCAAUAUUAAUUUCCAAUUCUAAUAGCAGCUCUGCCUCUUCAAAUAGCAGCAAAAUCGACACAAACGGGACUGUCUCGACCAAUGACCAAACCGAUGGUGGCAGAAAUCCAAGGAAGCGUUCGUUAGAUGAACCCAUCGAAAGUGAGUUGGAUAGCACAAGAGACUCAGUACUUAGUGGUAACUCACAAGCAUUGUCAGAUCAACCUUGUGACGGAGAACCAGAGCUUAUGAUCAUUGACUUCGAAUAUUGUGCCUACAAUUACCGCGGUUUCGACUUAGCUAACCAUUUCCUUGAAUGGACAUUCGAAUACACCAACUCCGCGGCGCCUUAUUUCUACCACAGACCAGAGCAGUACCCCACCAAAGAGCAACAGGACAAAUUUAUUGCAGUGUAUCUAGCUAGAACUACCUGCUGCGAGGAUGCCGAGGUGCCGAGCGCUUUGGAAAUAGAGGAGGUACAACGAGAAGUGAAAUGCUUCACUUUGGCGUCACAUUUGUUCUGGAGCUUGUGGGCAAUCGUGAAUGUAUAUCAGGAGAUCGAGUUUGGAUAUUGGGAAUACGCAAUCUGUCGUUUGAAUCAAUAUGUUCUCAGCAAGAAACUCUACUCCGAGCUGAUCAGCAACUCGCGAAAUCUCCCUGCCAUAGAUCGGGAGAAGUAAAAUAGCACGUCUUCGGAUGAAUUUCCAAUUAUUCCUUCCUAAACCUUACAUCCCAUGUUGAGACAAAGGGGACACCCAGACAUUAUACACGCUCACAUAAUCCAGUAUACUAAAAUCGGCUAGCACAAACGCAGGACACGCUGAGCCACUUUGCCCAUUGAUCGAAUGAUAUUGACACUGAAUCUGUAAGCUAUCGAUAUACUUUUGAAAAUGGCAACUGUGCUUAAAGGUGAAAAGAAACGUCUUAUCAGGCGGCAUCCGUCAUGACUAGUAAUUGUACCAGUAUUAGUGGCCAUUACUUUUACACAGACACGAAAGAGUACAUCAUUACAACUCGAAGAAAGAGCGUUUAUUUUAAAUCCAAGCAUUUCCACCUGAGUAGUAACUACCGUUAUAAAACAUGAAUUUUUUAAAUAAUUUUCUAAUUGGACAUCAAUCUAAAAGAUAAGGGAGCAGGGGCGCCGGUUUUUUUUUGAACAUAGAAUUUUAAUGUUGUAUUCCGUGCGAGAAAAAAAAAAACAAAACAAAACUAGAGACUUAAGCCAUGAUAACAGUGUGACUGACAGUAGGUAGGCGUAGGAUUGAACUGUGAACGAAUCGUAAUUGAUAUUCGAUAGAGAGAGCGAGAAGGCGUCUUAUGCAAUAAAGUUUCUAUUUCGUGGUAAAAGGAGCAAACUAUUUGUUGUGAUUACUAAUACAAGUAACUUGCCUAGUUAUUGAACCCAAAACAUAUCGAUGAUUCGACCUUAAUUUGAAUAUUAGAUGUAGCAUGAUAAGAUUUUCAGAGAUUAUUCAAAAUAAAACAAAAAAAUGUGAUGAAGAAAACAGCGAUAGCCAAAUUAUAAUCAGAUGUGUAUAUAUUGGAAGGUAAAGGAUUGCACUUGCAACCUGCUCACGUGCAGAAGCUUUUUUUAUUAAUCUUUUCGUGAGAACGUGCAUCUCAAAAUGGCUGAUUGCCAAAAUACUUAAGUAUGUGAACAUACUGCGCUCCGUUUUGCGAUAUAUACUUACUAGACUUAUGCUAUGUGUAACAGUUUUGAAUGUCAUAAGAUUUUUUUAUUUUUCUCAAUAAAGGUGCAAAAAGAAUAUGAA